AAAUGUCGCACUCAAAUGUGCCAGCAAUUACAUUUAAGCAAUACCUGCUGAUUCAUUUAACUGGUGCACUGUGACAUUUAAUGAGAAAUACUGUACAUAAAAUUUUCCCUAAUUAGACAUGUAUUUUCGACUUUAAAAUGUGAGCCCAAGUUGAGGGGUUCACUUCGCGAGUCGCGCGCUCAUGCAUAAUGGAGCCCUCAUGAAUAGUGAUGUCCUGGAAUAAGACUAAUCCGGUGGCGCGUCCGGGGGCAAUAGGGAAGUGCGAAGCGCCUCCUGCCCCAAGAGCCGGAGGUGUGGACAACUGCUGAGUUGGACUAGUCGGGACGUCGAAACGGUUUGGACACAACAUCGCUAACAUUGGACCAUUGGUGGUACUGUUUGAAUAGAACGAGAACUGUGGGACAAGUGGCGCGGCUUCCGGACGUCCGGCAGCUCGCGAACGUCGCGCUUACUUACGAAGCGCUGGAUCCCGACUACGUCGCGCUGUCCCGCACUCCGAGACUUAACACCAUGUCGGCGACAGUGUGAUACGAAUCGAGUCCCGGACCUGACCGGGGUAGGGGCUGGGUUAAUGAGGGCUUCUUUCUGCCGCCUCUCUGACUUGUAAAACCCCACCGGAGUUCGAGGAGACGUCGGCAUCAGGCGCGAAGAUGAAGAAGCAAUUCAAUCGGAUGAAGCAGCUCGCCAACCAGACGGUGGGAAGAGCGGAAAAAACUGAAGUACUCAGUGAUGACCUUCUACAGAUCGAGAAGCGCAUGGAGCUGGUUCGACUGGUGUCCCAUAACACGCACAAGCGCAUGGUCACAUGUCUGCAAGGCCACAUCGGCACCGACGCAGAGAAGAGACAUAAAAAACUGCCACUGACCACACUAUCACAGGCCAUGCAGGAUGGAGGGAGCCAGCUUGGAGAGGAGUCUCUAAUCGGGAAGAUGAUGGAGCUAUGUGGCGAGGUGGAGAACAAGCUGGCCUCAGAGCUCAUGCAGCAUGAGGUUCACAUCGAGAAGGAGGUCUUGGACCCAUUGAACCAGCUUGCAGAGAUGGAAAUCCCUAAUAUCCUGAAACAGAGGAAGCAGCUGGCCAAACUGGUGCUGGACUACGACUCUGCCAAAGCCAGGUGGUUGCAGAUGAGCAAGUCUAUGGUGUCAACUGUAAACAACCAGGCACUGGCUGCCAAGGUGGAGUCCCUCAAGGAGGAGGUGGAUGAAGCCCUGAACAAAAUGGAGAUAUGCAAGGAUCAACUUGCUGCUGACAUGUACAGUUUCUGCUCCAAGGAAGGAGACUACGCCCGCUAUUAUGUAAUGUUACUGGAAGCUCAGGCUGACUACCACAGGAGAUCCUUAGCCCUGCUGGAGAUUGUGUUGCCCACCAUACAAGCACAGCAAGACUCAUGGACAGAGAAACCGGCCUUCGGCACGGCACUCGACGAGCAUCUGAAACGCAGUGGGAGGGAGAUCGCACUGCCCAUUGAGGCCUGUGUCAUGAUGCUGCUGGAGACGGGCAUGAAGGAGGAGGGUCUCUUCCGGAUUGCCGCAGGAACCUCCAAGCUAAAGAAGCUGAAAGCUGCCCUAGACUGUUCCACCUCUCAGCUAGAGGAGUUCUACUCAGACCCGCAUGCUGUCGCUGGUGCCCUGAAGUCAUAUCUGAGGGAGUUGCCAGAACCACUUAUGACCUUCCACCUCUAUGAUGAGUGGAUACGAGCAUCAAGUAUAUCUGACCCAGACAAACGGCUCCAGGCACUGUGGGUGACGUGCAACAGCUUACCAAAGAGCAACAAGGCCAACUUCAGGUACUUGGUGAAAUUCCUGGCUAAACUGGCUCAGGAGUGUGACGUCAACAAGAUGACCCCUAGCAACAUUGCCAUAGUGUUGGGACCCAACCUUUUGUGGGCCAGAACCGAGGGGAGCCUGGCAGAGAUGGCUGCUGCAACAUCAGUUCACGUGGUGACCAUUAUAGAGCCUAUCAUUCAGCAUGCAGAUUGGUUUUUCCCAGAAGAUGUGGACUUCAAUGUGUCCGGAAUGUUUGUCAUGCCUACUCCUCCCACGACCCAGACCAACUUCCUGACACCUACAGACUUUGAUUCUGGGACCACAGAGAGGCGGAGGCCUGGAAGCAUGAUUGGUCUAGAGGUGGAAAGUCUUCGUAAGGACAGCGUGGUUAACAAGUUAUUGGACCACACUCCACGUAGAGGGAACACCCUCAGUAGGAAACCACAUGCCUCCCCUGCGUUCCAGCCUCCUUUGCCCCCAACAGAGGGAGGUGGGGCAUUCCAGACUCAAGGUCCAACUCAGCCCAUUAGCUCAGGCCUGGAGGCUGGUCUACCAGGCCCCACCAUGUUGAUAGAGACAGGAGGAUCAGUACAAGAGUCAGUUGCCCAGCACACUGAGGAGAACAGCGCCAUACCAGCUCUCCAAAGGAAUGGGGGUAUGACAAGUCUCCAUGUGAUCCCCCCGAGCCCAGCCAGCAACUCGGCCCAAAUGAACAUGGGGACACCCCAGACUGGCUGCAGGGGCACUAGUCCCCACAUCGUGCGCAGAGGUACAAAGAAGCCAGCUCCAGCCCCUCCAAAACCACCAAAUCCCCCACCAGGGCAGCUCAGCAGUCAACCACCUGCACCCUCAGGAACGGCUCAGCUUUUCACCCCAGUUUCCAAGCCACUCAGUGUCUCCUCUGCUACGGGACAGACCGCCAGUCUGAAUGUGACACAGCCAUCCACUAUACCCCGCCGCCAUUCAGGCAGUCAAACCCUUAUCCAGGCUCCAAACCACCCACCUCCACAGCCUCCUAUGCAGUUCACGCCCCCCAUGCACCCCAAAGCCCCCGGGCAGGUGAUGGGGGAUUCCGGACAGGAGUCGUCCCCACCCAGCACCCCGACCCCUCCAGAGACACCUCCACCUUCUACUGGCCUCCACGAAAGCCCCCAAGUCUUGUCUGCCUCCCCCAACUUCCAUUCAGGCUCUCUCCCACGCCCCCGGCCUGUGCCCAAACCCCGUCCUCGACCCAGCAUGCCCCCGCCUCCUCAGCCGCCUGCCCCCGGGAGCGAUGGCACGAAUGGCAUGUGCCACAGCGCCUCCAAGAUCAUCACAGAUCCUGGCCUGGUUCUCAAGGGGCUCAGUCGUGCUCUGGUCCCCGAGCUCAUUGUUGAGCCACCGGGCGUGUGCCCUGCUGAGCUGGAACACUCCCCCAUGGUGACACCGGACCCUGAGCUCGAUUCUGAGAGCACCGUAUUGUGAGGAUAAAGGACAGGCCUCACACAACCUCCUAGACAGCCAAAGACACUGCACAUAAACCAUCACCCUUCCCAAAGACCUGCUCUGGAACUCUUUGUCCAAGGAAGCUUCUGACAACAAUCAUUGGAAAACCCUCUUUCCCAUAAUGCACUUCAGACAAUCAGCUAUCAGACUGACAGCAGGGGCAGAGCAGCUGGCCCGAAUGAUGUUACUGAUGGACGCUACCCUUUUUAUGUGUACGGUCAGGAGACAUCCUGUCCAUGCGCGCCAUCUCGGAUGGGUCUGUAAACUCCUGACUUUAAAAUCUUGAAUAAUUUCUCAUUGUUCCCUAGGUGUUUCUGGUUUAAUGAUAUAAGGAAUUAUAUACACACACAUUUUAUGUAUAUAUAUUAUUCCUUAUACCACUAAAAAGACCUAGUGAAAAAGAAGAAAUUUUAUAUAUAUGCAUAUAUAUAUAAUA